AUGGCCAUGUCCGUGCGGAAGAUGUCGGGCGAAGAGGUGGCCGGCCUGGAUGCCGCGGAGUUAGCCGCCCUGGUGGAAAGCUAUGGCGACUCAGUUCUUGGAUUGAAAAGGUACCUUCGUCACCGCCUGGGCGUGCCACGCUUUCGGCUGCAGCUCACCGCACAGGGCGAGUCGGAACCUCUCUUCGAGGAUCGGAAGCUGACGUCCUACCGGGCGAGGGCCGAGCUCUCAGUGGUGAUCCUCAAUUGGGCCCUGCCAACACAGGAGGAGCUCGCCCAUCUGCGCACCGCGUCCCUGGAGGGAGCUGCUGCAGAGCUGGAGGGGCUCCUGAAAAGGCCGAUGAACCCGGAUGUCGUGGUGGAUCGAAUGGAGAGGCCAGCUUUGUGGGUGGCAAGUGCUCGAGGGCAUUUGGACAAUGCCCGCCUUCUCAUCGAGGCCAUGGCAAAUGUCAACAAAGCCGACAGGAAAGGCAUGGCACCCCUGUGGAUUGCAUCUUACUGGGGUCACAGCAGCAUCGUCGAGCUCCUUUUGGAGGCGAGAUGUGAAGUGGACAACACCGACACGCGUGGUGGUUCUUCUCCGCUUUGGGUGUCCUGCAGGAACUGCUGCGAGGGCGUGGUGAAGCUUCUGGUGCAAGCCUCUGCAGGACUGGACAAGACCAACAUCGACCGCCAAUCUCCAGUAUGGAUCGCUGCAGCCACUGGCCACCCAGCAAUUCUGCGGCUCUUGCUCCGAGCUCGGGCCGACCUUGCCAUCCCCGAUCGCGUCGGGAGAUCUGCUUUGUGGAUUGCCGUAGCCAACAGCCACCUGGACCCACAGCCGCUGGAUGUCCUGAAGGCAGAGGUCAAUGCCGUCGAAGGGGUCCGUGUCUCCGUCGUGCGCACGCUGCUUGAGGCUAGGGCCGACAUCGACUGCGACGAUGAGGGAGAGUCGGUCCUGUCCGUGGCGGCAAAGCUGGGAAAUGCACAGAUCAUGCAGCUGCUGCUGGAAGCGACCCCGUCUGACAGCGGCGUUGCUGCACACUGCCUUUCCCAGCCUGCAUGGAAGGCUUCCACCGAGGGUCACGAUGACAUCGUGCAAAUGCUGCUUAAGGCAGGUGCGGACAAGAAUUGGGCCAACAGCCAGGGCGAGACCUUGUUGUGGAGCGCCGCAAAGAAGGGCUUCACACGGGUCGCGCAGGUGCUGCUGCAAGCAGGUGCAGACCACGACCUGGCCAGUGCUAAUGGUCAGUCUCCUCUUUGCUUGGCUGCCGCACGCGGCUUCGUGAGCAUCGUGAGGCUUUUGCUUGCCUCAAAGGCUGACAAAGAGCAGUCCACCAGAGACAAGCAGUCGCCGUUGUGGCUGGCUGCCGCGAACGCCAACGUGGCCGUGGUGCGCUCUCUGUUGCAGGCCAGGGCCAACAUCAACGAGGCAGAUCUGAAAGGAGAUUCGCCCUUGGCAGUGGCCUCGGCGAAGGGCCACGUGCAGGUUGCUCGGAUGCUGCAAGAAGCCGUGUCCGAAGGUGUUGACACCGUCGGCUCACCGCCGCGAGGCCCAAAGAGGCCACGUGUGCCGACAGACCCAGUCUGUUCUGAGAUCGAAAAAGGUCCAGUAAACCCUCAGGGCCCAUGUUCUCAUGUAGUGUAUAGGUUGGCCUUAAAGUAG